GAUAACUUUCCCUCAGCAAUAAUUCCAGCCCAAGUUGCCCCCUACAAAAUUCUUCCUCUUUUCACCUCUACAACCUAUAUUCAUAUUCCAACAGAUUAUUCCAGCCCUAUAGACAACAUUUCAUCUCUUUCAAUAAUAUUACCAUGGAACCUAGACGUUCUCAAGGCUCCCAAAUCGAGGAAUGCUACGCCUCUCCCCAGGUAAGUCAAGCCACAGCAGAUACAUUCCCCUAUCCCACAAAACCAGAUCGCCGCAUCCGCAGCAACAAAGGACGCAGCGACGACGAAGGCCAAGAAGAACCAGGCGGCUUCAUCAACGAAGAUUUGAGAGUCGGAGGCCCAUAUCUCUGUUCUCUCCCGGCAGUGGAUGGCGCCGUCGAUCUCGCAGGAUGGGAGCAUCUGCACAGAGAUCAUGGCCAACGGGUAACGCUAGCUAUUUACUCGAUUUUGGAUAGUGCCAAUAUUGAUGUUGAUGGCGUUACGUUUCUCACGCGGAAGGCUAUGUUUGAUGCUGAGGCGACGCCGCGUGUUACGGCUUAUAUUAGUGCGAAGGGGAAGAAGGGUCUGGGUGAUGAUGUGUCAGUUGAGAUAAUCGAUUCUCGUCCGUUUGAGCAUGAUCGGUUCGAGGCUGUUGAGCAUACUGAUGCUAUCCAUCCUGUAUGGGUUGAUAUCUGUCGUGAGAUUGUCGAUGCCUGUGAUCUCACAAACUGGAUUACGCUCAGUUGCGUUCGUCUCAGUCGACACGGGGAAGAAGAGAGUCAUCCCACGGUUUCGGUCACCGUGGACAAAACUGCCGAUGGCGACUGGAGACCAGCAAGAGACACAAUAGCAGCCAUCCUCGAUAGAAGAGGUCUGCAUAUGGUCGCUGUUAAAUUCAGAAGAGACGCAAUUGCUUUCAACCCCCCUGGUUUGGGGAAUGAUGAACUGGCCCCUGCAGCUCUGGACGGACCAGUACAGAUUGGCUACAGUCUGGCGCUGCGCGACUCGCUCGGAGGUGGCACAUUUGGUGGCUGGAUCGAGUUGCAGGAUCCUGACACAGACCAGUGGAGGAAAUUCGGCAUUACUUGCUCUCACAGUGCUCUUCCAGAGGGCAGCAUAGAUACAGAGCGAUGGCGCUGGGAUGGACUUUACUUGUCUUCUGAGACUAAUGCCGUGACGAAGCUGGAACUGGAUAGUCCAAGCUCAGAAGACUUGCAGCACCAUUUCAACUGGCAUGAUAAGAAAAUCAGGGAAACGCUCAAAGACCCAUCCUUCAUCUCCAGGCAAACCACACUCGAAAAUGGGGGCUUUCUAAGCUCUACACAUGAGAAAAUCCAUCAAAUGACGAUUGAAGUUUCGGCUGUCUGUGAGGACAAGAAGCAGAAAGACCGACUUGGCCAUGUUUUUGCAGCCUCGAGUCAGAGAGUUAGGCCUGCUGUUUCGUUUUUGAGUCAUCUGCCUACGACAAUGGACUGGGCGCUGAUUAACGUCCCGCCAAACCGAAUCGGAGACAAUAAAAUAUUGUCCCUCGGGCCGACUAAUAUAUUUCACUUUAAGGUUGCAUUCAAAGACGCCGGAUUGAGAUCGUCCGGAUUGUCAAGAAAAACCAUCAAUGGCACUGAGGUUACGCUGCCCACGAUGGAGCAUCAAAUUCUGGAUCUUCCAAGUUCAAGAUAUUUCCCAUCGUCAUUUUCCUCAUUAGGAGAUGCAGGCUCUUUGGUAUUCAAUGGGUAUGGUGAGCUACUCGGUCUGCUACUUGGAGGGACUGAAAGGGGUGGAUUCGCCCUUUUCACUCAUAUUGCUGACUUGAUGGAGGAUAUCAAGGCCGUUACUGGGGCAAAGGGCUUUAGAGCUAUGGGUGACAAUUGGUUCGAUGUGUGAUUUUAAGUGGCGCAGCAGU